AAUGCUUCUAAUCCCAUUGUAUCAUGAAGGAAUCCUCAAAAAGAAAAAAACGACAGAAAGCUUUGAACAAACGACAGCGGCCCAUUUUCUUAACAAAUUAUAGAAUGCUCCGUAGAAAAAGGCGCGCCUCGACGAUAUACGGCGUCGUGGAGCCGUUUAAAGACACAGACAGCACUCUUUCUUUUUGUCUAAUCGUCCGCAAAAUAAGGAUUCGUUUCUGGUUUAUCCAAUUUCCCAUGAUUCUCCAGUGGCAACCUUCACAGCCACACCCACAGCUGUCCCAAUAUUCUCAUAAGGUAGCGCGCGCGUGCCGCCGACCAAUUGGUUUGCUUACUUCUCUAUCAGUACAGAGGCGAAGUGAUAGGAUGCAUGCAACUGCAAAUCCUGGAGUUUCUAUAAAAUCCAUGGUAAUAGAGCCUCCUUCACAUCCUACCUAUGAUUUGAAUGGUGUUAUCAAGUUAGCCCUUGCUGAAGAUGCUGGUGACCUAGGUGAUGUAACGACACUGGCGACUGUCCCAUCAGAUGUAGAAGUUGAGGCCCAUUUCUUAGCGAAGGAGGAUGGUGUCAUUGCUGGAAUUGCACUUGCAGAGAUGGUGUUUCAGGAAGUUGACCCUUCUCUGAAGGUAGAAUGGUCUCAAAAAGAUGGUGAUCAUGUUCACAAAGGCCUAAAGAUUGGAAGAGUCUAUGGAACGGCAUACAGCAUUGUUGUAGCUGAAAGGGUAGCUCUUAAUUUUAUGCAGAGGAUGAGUGGCAUAGCAACUCUAACUAAGGCAAUGGCAGAUGCUGCACAUCCUGCUCUUAUCUUAGAGACAAGGAAGACUGCUCCGGGUUUACGCUUGGUGGAUAAGUGGGCGGUACUUAUUGGUGGGGGCAGAAAUCACAGAAUGGGUCUAUUUGAUAUGGUUUUAAUAAAAGAUAACCAUAUUUCAGCUGCAGGUAGUGUCACAAGUGCUGUCAAAUCUGUAGAUACAUAUCUAGAGCAAAAGAAUAUUAAAAUGGAGGUUGAGGUUGAAACUAGGACUCUAGAGGAAGUACAGGAGGUGUUACAUUAUGCAUCACAAUCAAAGACUUCUUUAACAAGAAUAAUGUUGGAUAAUAUGGUUGUACCACUACCGAAUGGAGAUGUUGAUGUAUCUAUGCUUAAAGAAGCUGUGAAACUGAUUAAUGGGAAAUUCGAGACAGAGGCCUCUGGCAAUGUUACUUUUGAAACGGUACACAAAAUUGGAAGCACAGGGGUGACCUACAUUUCCAGUGGUGCAUUGACACAUUCUGUGAAAGCUCUUGACAUUUCCCUCAAGAUUGACACAGAGUUGGCUCUUCAAGUUGGGAGACGCACCAAAAGGGCAUGACCUUUCUUGAUGUAAUUGUGUCCUCUCAUAAGCGAUCCAUCAGUAUGUUAAUUCAAUCUUAGUGUUGUCAAAUAAUAAUGAUGCUAAUGUUCUGAGAACACUCAGAUCAUAAUCACAUGGGCAAACAGUUUACAAUUGAAAGGAAUUCAUCAAUAAUGUAAAAUAAAAGCUUUAGAUUGAAAAGGAAAGGAAAUGUCUAUAAAGAAAACAGGUCAUAACAGACAGACCAUCUUGGUAGUUGAUAAGUGGGAUACAGGUACGCCAUAAUAUACUCACUACAUGUGACUUCGUUGCCUCUUAGAACAGGCAGUUUGUCUUUUUGAAA